AUGACACAGCCACGCCCCCUACUCGUCGUAAUUGGAGCUGGCAGCAUGGGACUUUGCCUCGCCCGUCGACUUGGCUCAUCGCACCAUAUUCUUAUUGGAGACCAUUCGCCCGCUGCCCUGUCCGCAGCCAAGGGCUCGCUCGGCCCCGCCGGUCAUCUCGUAACAACAAAGAAUAUCGAUGUUUCUUCCGGGACAUCGGUCGCCUCCUUCGCCAAGACUGCCGCUGAGCUCGGUCCUAUCGAGACCGUCAUCCUUACGGCUGGUGUAUCCAGCGCCGCAAACGACACCCGGCUGAUCUACGCCACUAACCUUACUGGCACCGCUCUCGUUCUUGACAGCUUUCUUCCACUGAUGCCUCCUGGAAGCUCCCUGGCCAUCAUAGCUUCGGUUGCCGGUCACCUGCUCCCUCCCAACCCGGACUUGGAGACUCAUCUGGCAACAGCCCCGACAGCUUCCCUCAUCACGCACCACGAGCUGGACCACGACGCGGACUCAAGCCACGCUUAUGGUGUCUCGAAGCUUGGUUGCAUCGUCCGUGCUCAGUACAAGGCUGCUGAAUGGGGACGCAAAGGAGUGCGAAUCAACACCGUUAGCCCCGGGGCCAUCGAGACGCCUAUGCUUGGUCAAGUUCUGCGAUCGAAGCAGGGACCCUUUGCGCAAAGCAUGAUCAACAAUACUCCACUUGGCAGGACGGGGACGCCUGAUGAGAUCGCCGGGAUCGUUGCGUUUCUGGCCGGGCCGGGCGCAGGGUUCAUCACUGGAGCGGACCUGGUCAUCGAUGGUGGCGCCUUGUCGACGCACCGAUGGCCUGGAACCGUCGCGGAAUCGAAGCACGAGGUUCUAUCAUCAGGUGGGCACGAGUGAUAGACCAAGGUUCGGAUAUAUAGCCAGGGGCGGUGUUUACCAAGCCUCAGCACGCGUUAGAUUGCUUCCUGCAGCCUUGCUGUCACUGGUAUAAUGGAUGCGUGGCUGUUUUGGUCGACGUCCUUGGUCCCUACACAGCACAUAAGCACGAUUGUCUCUUAGAGUGUCUACUCCGACCCAUAGUUGAUUCGUACGCUCUCACAUAUCUCAAGGCCAGCCUUCUUGAUGCAGGAAAGAAGACGCACAUAGAAGAGCAGAAUUUAGCCCAGAGAUUGCCCACGAGCGACCCCUGUCAUUCAGUCAUUCAGAAAUGUGACACACCGUUUGACACCAUGUGAGAAUACUGAGUGAAGCUUUGAGCUCAUGAUGCUUCUGGGCAGUUUGACCGUGACACCAUGAUCAUUGCGGCAUGUUUGAGGGCCACUCAGUUCUGAGCAUACAUCGCUUCCCCUACAAACAUACGCACCGAGUGUGUGGACCCGCUUCACAUGGUGUUACUGCCGAAAGAAGCCACUCCGCACACCUCU